AUGAUAUCGCACGAACGUUGGUUAAAGGAUCGGCAAAAUAAAAACAUGUUAAUAAUAAGAGAACAAUCGACAGUUCUCAGACAAGAUGCAUCAGUCAAUAACGAAACAAUCUAUUAUUCGUAUCAUAUACAUGUCUAUUUUUUACAAUAUAAUAAAAAUUUAACAGCAGAAGCAAUUACAUUACGUGAACAAUUUAUAAAACAAUUCAAUGUUAUUGAUUGUAAUGAUCAGUGUGAAACAUGGUGUCCAUCCAUUUGUCAUUGGGAUUUAAAUAUGCAACCAAUUGGACCUCAUCCUAUAGGAUCUUGGGGUAUUUAUUUGCCAUUGGAAGAUUUUACAAGUGCUGUCAGUUGGAUAUCAAUUAAUCAUGGAAAUCUCACAAUUUUGGUACAUCCAAACUCUGGUUACCCAAAAAUAGAUCAUUUAACAAAUGCAUUUUGGAUAAAAACACAACUACCAUUAGAUGGAGAUCAACUAUCAGAUUAUGCACCACCAAAUAUUACAAGAACCAAUUGA